AUCCAACAACCGCCAGACUGAUUGAUAAUGAAACCGAUUCCAAAACGUUUGCUAUCGAAAAUUUUCGCGAACAUCGCGCAGCAGAAAACACAGAUUCACCUCCAAAGUCCUAGGAAAGCUUUGCAGGAAGCAGAAUCACUAGUCGGCUAUUCAUUUUGUCUCGGACAAAAAUGGAUGGAGAACGAAAAUAUCAAAAUGAUAGAAGUCCUAACGAAAAAAUUGCUAGGAGCUGAUGUGAGUUUUGAAGAAAAUGUUAAGAAACUUCUUCUGAAUGACUAUCACGUUUUUCCAUGGGGACUAAUUAUUUUGCUUAUAUCCAAGAGUGCCGGUUCAGCAAAUCAACUUUCAGACACUGAAACGAAUCAAGAAGUUCUCAAUAUUCAGAGAUCGAUGGCUGAAGUUGGAGAUAUGUUACGCUGCAUGAAAAUCCUCCACAACAACGUCCAGAAUCUUUCCAAAAAGAAUAAAGAAACCAACUUGAAGACCUUUAGCAAUAACUUGUUCAUUCUCAUUGGAGAUUUCAUCUUCGCUCGAACCUAUCAGGAAUUCGCAACGUGGAAAAGAACUGACGCCAUGGAAAUUAUUUGUUCGGGGAUUAGAGAUUUUUCGGAUGUCGCUUUCAUGGAACCAAAGGACAGUCAUAACAGGUUUAUCCCAGCAAAACCCGACGACCCUCCUAGAGACAUUGCGAUGACAGUACCAGAUCUGAGCGACAUCGAAGUAAUCGCCAACCUGUCAGACUCUUUCGGAAACGCGAAGAACGAAUGGAUCAUGAGGCAUCUGCUAGGUGGCACUAUUAUGCUGUCAAAAUGUUGCCAGGCAGCUCUACUUGUCGGGAACCACCCGAAACCGCUUCAAACCGCGGGUCACCUUCUCGGAAGCAAUUUGGCUCUAGCGCAUCAAGCCAGCGUGGACUAUUCAAAGUUCCUCAAGGACAAUGACGAUUCGUUCGAUUUAGUUAGCGCUCCGCUGUUGUUCCAUCUCCAAGACAAUCCGAACUACUACGAGAAAGUACUAGAGAUCACGAAAAGGCAAACGGUGGACUAUGGGGAAAUCAGGAGGAACGUCAGACUAGGAAGCGGAUUGGAGAAAACUAGGGAAUUGGUAGACGAAUUACGAACCAAUGCACUCGAUGGUCUCCACAUUUUUCCCGACAACGAUGCCAAAAUGGCGUUAAGAAAUAUCAUUGUGAACCAAAUUGCGACCGACUGAAAUGAAAUAAUAAAAAUCAUAAGUGUCAAU